AUGAAUGAGGAGAUCCGUAUCCAUAGCUGGCCUUGCUCCUACUACUUGGACACCAACAAGCAAUGGGUCUCUGGCAGACUCUCCCUGACCCCCAUUGCCAUCAAAUUUACAGCUGACAAGACUGGGGAGGUUUUGGUCAACUUCCAUCUUUCAAGCAUCAGUGAGAUCAAGAAGGAAUCAUCGAAUUUAAUCUUCAGCUCCCUCACCAUCUUAGAGAAGAACACCAAGCACUGGUUCAGCUCUCUGCAACCCAACAGAAAUGUGGUCUUCAACAUCUUGGAGCACUUCUGGAGGGAGCAGCUGUUGUCCAGCCAAGGUGCAGGGGCUGGAGCAGCAGCAGCUUCCACGAAGGGCAGGGAACUGACUGGGCUGUUGAGUGGCUCUCAGAAGCGGCUGGAGGACACGGCGAAGGUCCUGCACCACCAGGGAGAGCAGUUUGACAACAUCAUGAAGGGGCUCAACAAGAUUGAAGGGGACAUGGAUGUGGCAGACAGGCUGUUGACUGAGCUGGAGUCUCCUCCUUGGUGGCCGUUCAGCACCAAGCUCUGGAGGAGCCCCUCAGAAGCCAAGGCCAAGGAAACCGCCUCCGCCGAGCCCAAGCCCCAGGAAGGGAUCCUGAUGAGGAUUCCAGUCAUCAUCACCCACAGGACAGACUCCAACGUCAAGCCAGGACAACUCACUCUCUUCCCUUCUGGCCUGGAGAUCAGUGACUGCAAUGCUCAGGUCCUUCACCGUUUUGAGGCCAGGGAUGUGGAUGACAUCAGGGUCCACACCCCCUACGAGGUCAGCGUCCGGCAGAGGUUCAUUGGGAAGCCAGACACCUCCUACAGGCUCCUGUCAGCCAAGAUGCCAGAAGCCAUCCCCCUCCUGGAGAUGCAGUUUAGCAAGAAGAUCCAGUUUUUAGAAGAUGCCCUGGGAUUCGUCGGGGCCAGGAGGUCUCCUCAGGUAGAUCUGGGGACCUCCAUUUGGCAAGCAG